AUGGUAGAGUAUUAUAAUGAUAAUGCAUGGAAAGCUAUUAAUGAAGUUCUACAAGGUCUACAAGUAAUAUGGCUUAUUGGACUUGGACUUGGAGAAGGUGAAACAUUGGAAGAAAUCCAAUCAAUAUUUCAAUUUGUUCUAGAAGAUGGUUGUACAUUUAGGACAUGGAUGAAGUAUACAGAUAUUAUAAAAGCAUGUAAGGAAUUAUUUGAGGAUAUGAUAGACUGGCAAUUUCAGGAAGGAAUAAUUAAUGAGAAAAGAAAGCAGAAAUCCUUAGAAUCGCUUAAAAUAGUUGAGUUAGCAGAACAGGUAUUUGGUGCUAAUCAUGUCAGAGGCAAACUUGCCAACGAGAUCAAUGAUUGGCAUCCUACUCCAGCUAGUAUACAUGAAAAAAUAAAGCAAUCUUAUAUCGAACAUAGGAAUGUUAUCUGGCAAGUAUGCGUGGUCAAGGAGAGUGUUCACCAUAGUUUAAGCGGAUUUGCACAGUGGAGAAGAAUGUGGGAAGACAAAAGGAUGAACACCUAUUGUACUUCUACGAUAUCUUCUCGAAGUAGGUAUCCUAGAAAGUAUAACUAUAGGAGAAGCUAUUAUUUCUCUUACCAAGUAAACGAAGACGAAGGUGAACUUGAUUUCUUGAUUCAGGAUUGCAUUAAAGAGGGAACAUAUGCAGGUAGUGAUAAAUAUCCGCUUAGACAUAUACUCACAUAUUAUAAAGAUCACCAGCCCCAAUAUACACAUUUACAGGCUUCAAUGCUAGCAUAUGCCUAUAUAAAUCUGCUUAAAAUGCUCUGA